AGUCUCUACGGUCCGGGCGCUGGCUGGUGCUCCCCCGGCGGGUGUCUGGUUUCCAAUCCACCGGCUGCACUGGCCGGAACCGGGCUCGCUUGGGUGCCAGAGGCUGGUGCGAGCGCCCGCGGAGCAACAGGAGCCCAAAGAAAGAGGGAGAAGCAACAGCAGAGAACGGCGAGGGAGCGCGGAAGGGAGGGUUCCUGAAGCCCGCGCCCUCCACCCCGGGGCCGGAUUCUGCACUGAAUGGGCACGAACCGCGGGCGAGGUGGCAAGCCUCUGAUGUAAGGAACUCAAGGGGAAAUAAAUUAUACAGGAUGAAAAGAUGGCAAUGUUGCCUCCCCCAGGAUCUCAGAGUUUUGUCUACUUUACAAAACAGUCUCUUGCCCUUAUUGAACAACGUAUUGCUGAAGGAAAAGCAAAGGAACCCAAAGAAGAAAAGAAAGAUGAAGAAGAAGAAGCUCUAAAGCCAAGCAGUGACUUGGAAGCCGGCAAGCAGCUGCCCUUCAUCUAUGGUGACAUCCCUCCUGGCAUGGUGUCAGAGCCCCUGGAGGACCUGGACCCGUACUAUGCAGAUAAAAAGACUUUCAUUGUGUUGAACAAAGGCAAAGCAAUCUUCCGUUUCAAUGCUGCACCUGCUUUGUACAUGCUCUCUCCUUUCAGUCCUCUACGAAGAAUAUCUAUUAAGAUUUUAGUACAUUCAUUAUUCAGCAUGCUUAUCAUGUGCACUAUUCUGACAAACUGCAUCUUUAUGACCCUGAAUAACCCUCCAGAUUGGACCAAGAAUGUAGAGUACACUUUUACUGGAAUAUAUACUUUUGAAUCACUCAUAAAAAUCCUUGCUAGAGGCUUCUGUGUAGGAGAAUUCACUUUCCUUCGUGACCCAUGGAACUGGCUGGACUUUGUCGUUAUUGUUUUUGCGUAUUUAACAGAAUUUGUAAACCUAGGCAAUGUUUCAGCUCUUCGAACUUUCAGAGUGUUGAGAGCUUUGAAAACUAUAUCUGUAAUCCCAGGCCUGAAGACCAUCGUGGGUGCCCUGAUCCAGUCUGUGAAGAAGCUCUCAGACGUCAUGAUCCUGACCGUGUUCUGCCUGAGUGUGUUUGCGCUCAUUGGGCUGCAGCUGUUCAUGGGCAACCUGAAGUAUAAAUGUCUGAGGGAUUCACUUGACAAUAAUGAGACAUUAGCAAUAAUUAACAAGAUCGUUGAAGAAGAAGAAGCCUCCUACAGAAAGUAUUUUUAUUUCUUGGAGGGAUCCAAAGAUGCUCUCCUUUGUGGUGUCAGCACAGAUGCAGGUCAGUGUCCAGAAGGGUACACAUGUGUGAAAGCUGGUAGGAAUCCUGAUUAUGGCUACACAAGCUUUGACACGUUCAGCUGGGCCUUCUUAGCCUUGUUUCGGCUGAUGACCCAGGAUUACUGGGAAAACCUGUACCAACAGACUUUGCGUGUUGCUGGGAAAACCUACAUGAUCUUCUUUGUUGUGGUGAUUUUCCUGGGCUCCUUCUAUCUAAUAAAUUUGAUUCUGGCUGUAGUUGCCAUGGCCUAUGAAGAACAAAACCAGGCAAACAUUGAAGAAGCCAGGCAGAAAGAGUUAGAAUUUCAACAGAUGUUAGAUCGGCUUAAAAAAGAACAAGAAGAAGCUGAGGCAAUAGCAAUGGCAGCUGCUGAAUAUACAAGUAUUGGAAGAAGCAGGAUUAUGGGCCUCUCUGAAAGUUCUUCUGAAACAUCCAAACUGAGCUCUAAAAGUGCUAAAGAAAGGAGAAACAGAAGAAAGAAAAAGAAUCAAAAGAAGCUUUCUAGUGGGGAAGAAAAGGGAGAUGAUGAGAAAUUGUCCAAAUCGGAAUCAGAAGAGAGUAUUAGGAGGAAAAGCUUCCAUCUUGGUGUUGAAGGGCACAGACGAGGGCAUGAGAAGGGGCGCGCCACCCCCAGUCAGUCGCCACUCAGCAUCCGUGGCUCCUUGCUCUCUGCAAGGCGCAGCAGCAGAACAAGUCUUUUUAGUUUCAAAGUUCGGGGGAAAGAUGGUGGAUCUGAGACUGAAUUUGCAGAUGACGAACACAGCAUUUUUGGAGACAAUGAGAGUAGAAGAGGCUCACUGUUCGUGCCCCACAGACCUCGGGAAAGGCGCAGCAGUAACAUCAGUCAAGCCAGUAGGUCCCCCCAAAUGCUGCCAGUGAACGGGAAGAUGCACAGUGCAGUGGACUGCAAUGGUGUGGUCUCCUUGGUUGAUGGACCUUCUGCCCUCAUGCUCCCCAAUGGACAGCUUCUUCCAGAGGUGAUAAUAGAUAAGGCAACUUCUGAUGACAGUUGUACAACCAAUCAAACACACAAGAAAAGACGUUCCAGUUCUUACUUUCUUUCUGAGGAUAUGUUGAAUGAUCCCAAUCUCAGACAAAGGGCUAUGAGCAGAGCAAGCAUAUUAACAAACACUGUAGAAGAACUUGAAGAAUCCAGACAAAAAUGUCCACCUUGGUGGUACAGAUUUGCACAUACAUUCUUGAUCUGGAAUUGCUCUCCAUAUUGGAUAAAAUUCAAAAGGCUUAUCUAUCUUAUUGUAAUGGAUCCUUUUGUGGAUCUUGCUAUUACCAUUUGCAUAGUUUUAAACACAUUGUUUAUGGCUAUGGAACAUCACCCAAUGACUGAUGAAUUCAAAGAUGUGCUUACUGUGGGAAAUUUGGUCUUUACUGGGAUCUUUGCAGCUGAAAUGGUUUUAAAAUUAAUUGCCAUGGAUCCAUAUGAGUAUUUCCAAGUAGGAUGGAAUAUAUUUGACAGCCUUAUUGUGACUUUAAGUUUAGUGGAGCUUUUCCUGUCAGAUGUGGAAGGAUUGUCAGUCUUGAGAUCAUUCAGACUGCUCCGAGUUUUCAAGUUGGCAAAAUCUUGGCCAACACUGAACAUGCUGAUAAAGAUUAUUGGUAACUCAGUUGGGGCUCUGGGUAACCUCACCCUGGUGUUGGCCAUCAUCGUCUUCAUUUUUGCUGUAGUCGGCAUGCAGCUCUUUGGUAAGAGCUACAAAGAAUGUGUCUGCAAGAUCAAUGAAGACUGUAAACUACCGCGCUGGCACAUGAAUGACUUCUUCCACUCCUUCCUGAUUGUGUUCCGUGUGCUGUGUGGAGAGUGGAUAGAGACCAUGUGGGACUGCAUGGAGGUCGCUGGGCAAGCCAUGUGCCUGAUUGUGUACAUGAUGGUCAUGGUGAUUGGAAACCUAGUGGUCCUGAACCUAUUUCUGGCUUUAUUACUGAGCAGCUUUAGUUCAGACAACCUUACAGGAUUUGAAGAAGACACUGAUGCAAACAACCUCCAGAUUGCUGUGGCCAGAAUCAAGAAGGGAAUAAAUUAUGUGAAGCAAACCUUACAUGAAUUUAUUCUUAAAGCCUUUUCCAAAAAACCAGUGGUUUCCAAAGAGAUAAAACAAUCAAAAGAUCUAAAUAGCACAAAGGAAAACUCUGUCUCCAACCGCACACUUGCUGAAAUGAGCAAAGAUCAGAACUUCCACAAGGAAAAAGAUAAAAUCAGUGGUUUUGAAAGCAGCAUGGACAGAUACUUGAUGGAAGAAAGUGAUUGUCAAUCAUUUAUUCAUAAUGCAAGCCUCACAGUAACUGUGCCAAUUGCCCCCGGGGAGUCUGAUUUGGAAAAUAUGAAUACUGAAGAGCUAAGCAGUGAUACAGAUAGUGAAUACAGCAAAGGGAGACCAAACCAAUCAAGUUCCUCUGAGUGCAGCACAGUUGAUAACCCUCUACCUGGAGAAGGAGAAGAAGCAGAGGCUGAACCUGUAAAUCCAGAUGAGCCAGAGGCCUGUUUUACGGAUGGUUGUGUGCGGAGGUUCCCAUGCUGCCAAGUUAACAUAGAAUCAGGGAAAGGAAAGAUUUGGUGGAACAUCAGGAAAACCUGCUUCAAAAUAGUUGAACACAGUUGGUUUGAGAGCUUCAUUGUUCUCAUGAUCCUGCUCAGCAGUGGUGCACUGGCUUUUGAAGAUAUAUAUAUUGAAAAGAAAAAGACCAUUAAGAUUGUCCUGGAUUACGCUGACAAGAUAUUUACUUAUGUCUUCAUUCUGGAAAUGCUUCUAAAAUGGAUAGCGUAUGGUUAUAAAACAUACUUCACCAAUGCCUGGUGUUGGCUAGAUUUCUUAAUUGUUGAUGUUUCUUUGGUUACUCUAGUGGCAAGCACACUUGAUUACUCUGACCUUGGCCCUAUCAAGUCUCUUCGUACACUGAGAGCUUUGAGACCUCUAAGAGCUUUAUCAAGAUUUGAAGGAAUGAGGGUUGUUGUAAAUGCUCUCAUAGGUGCAAUUCCUUCCAUCAUGAAUGUGCUGCUUGUGUGUCUUAUAUUCUGGCUAAUAUUUAGCAUCAUGGGAGUAAAUUUGUUUGCUGGCAAGUUCUAUGAGUGUGUUAACACCACAGAUGGGUCACGCUUUCAUUCAAGUAUAGUUUCAAAUCGAUCUGAGUGCUUGGCACUUAUGAAUGUUAGUCAAAAUGUACGAUGGAAAAACCUGAAAGUGAACUUUGAUAAUGUUGGACUCGGUUACCUGUCUCUGCUGCAAGUUGCUACAUUUAAAGGAUGGAUGGAUAUUAUGUAUGCAGCUGUUGACUCUGUUAAUGUAGACAAGCAACCCAUGUAUGAGUACAGCCUCUACAUGUAUCUUUAUUUUGUCAUCUUUAUCAUCUUCGGUUCAUUCUUCACUUUGAACUUGUUCAUUGGUGUUAUCAUAGAUAAUUUCAAUCAACAGAAAAAGAAGCUUGGAGGUCAGGACAUCUUUAUGACAGAAGAACAAAAGAAAUAUUAUAAUGCAAUGAAAAAGCUGGGAUCCAAGAAACCACAAAAGCCAAUACCUCGACCAGGGAACAAGUUUCAAGGAUGUAUAUUUGACCUAGUAACUAACAAAGUUUUUGAUAUCACUAUCAUGGUGCUUAUCUGCCUCAACAUGGUAACCAUGAUGGUAGAAAAAGAGGGGCAAAGUACCUACAUGACUGAUGUUUUAUAUUGGAUAAAUGUGGUCUUUAUUAUCCUUUUCACUGGAGAAUGUGUGCUGAAAUUGAUCUCCCUCAGACACUAUUACUUCACUGUGGGAUGGAACAUUUUUGAUUUUGUGGUUGUGAUUCUUUCCAUUGUUGGUAUGUUUCUAGCUGAUAUAAUAGAAAAGUAUUUUGUGUCUCCUACCUUGUUCCGAGUGAUCCGACUUGCCAGGAUUGGCAGAAUCUUGCGUCUCAUCAAAGGGGCCAAGGGGAUUCGCACGCUGCUCUUUGCGCUGAUGAUGUCCCUGCCUGCGUUGUUUAACAUCGGCCUCCUGCUCUUCCUGGUCAUGUUCAUCUACGCCAUCUUUGGCAUGUCCAACUUUGCCUAUGUUAAAAAAGAAGCUGGAAUUAAUGACAUGUUCAACUUUGAAACCUUUGGCAAUAGCAUGAUCUGCCUAUUCCAGAUCACCACGUCUGCCGGCUGGGAUGGGUUGCUGGCGCCUAUUCUCAACAGUGGCCCUCCCGACUGUGACCCUGAAAAAGACCACCCUGGGAGCUCAGUGAAGGGAGACUGUGGGAACCCAUCUGUUGGGAUUUUCUACUUUGUCAGUUACAUCAUCAUAUCAUUUCUGGUCGUGGUGAACAUGUACAUCGCUGUCAUCCUGGAGAACUUCAGCGUUGCUACUGAAGAAAGCACUGAACCCCUGAGUGAGGAUGAUUUUGAGAUGUUCUAUGAGGUUUGGGAGAAGUUUGAUCCGGAUGCCACCCAGUUUAUAGAAUACACCAAGCUGUCUGAUUUUGCAGCUGCUCUGGAUCCUCCUCUUCUCAUAGCAAAACCAAACAAAGUCCAGCUCAUCGCCAUGGACCUGCCCAUGGUCAGUGGAGACCGGAUCCACUGCCUGGACAUCUUAUUUGCCUUUACAAAGCGGGUUUUGGGUGAAGGUGGAGAAAUGGACUCUCUUCGGUCACAGAUGGAAGAGAGGUUCAUGUCUGCAAAUCCUUCUAAGGUGUCCUAUGAACCCAUCACAACAACACUAAAACGUAAACAAGAGGAUGUAUCUGCUACUGUUAUUCAACGUGCUUACAGACGUUACCGCUUGCGACAAAAUGUCAAAAAUAUAUCAAGUAUAUACAUAAAAGAUGGAGACAGAGAUGAUGACUUGCCCAAUAAAGAAGAUAUGAUUUUUGAUAAUGUUAAUGAGAACUCAACUCCAGAAAAAACAGAUGCAACACCAUCCACCGUCUCUCCACCUUCAUAUGAUAGUGUAACAAAGCCAGACAAAGAAAAAUAUGAGACAGACAAAACAGAAAAGGAAGAUAAAGGGAAAGAUGGCAAGGACAGUAAAUAAAGCUUCACUUCUGCUAUAUUGUUUACAGCCUGUGAAGGUGAUAUAAUUGUGUUAAUGAGACUCUUUUAAAGGGGUCUAUGCCAAAACUCUUUUAAUCAAAAUAUUCUCAAAAUUAGUGCAUUCACUAGCUCUGAUUCCCUAAAAUAGUUGGACAGCAUUCACAGAUGGCUAUUUUUGCAGCAGUAAAAAGUUGUAAGAGUCACACUAUAGGGGAUGAUUACAAGAAACAAAAGUGAUUUCAUUUUAUUUGCUUUUAAUAAAGUAAGAGAUCAUGAGGAAAAUA